UGCCGAUCGCAUUUUUACAAUCGUAAUCGGGAUAGUUUUGGCCGUCCGGGGUUGGAUAAUUGUUCCAGCAGACCAUGUUACGGACAUUGGUUCGACGUAAUCCGUUCUCCGUCGGCAACGGUUGGUGUACGGUACGGCGAACGUUUCUCUCUGAAGCCUAUCAGUGCCGAGAGGCAUGGAAUGCAAGACUUACAACACCGAUUUUAGAAAAAGUGAACCUGGAUACACUCUACUACGAUCUGGAGCAGCGGUUCCAGCAGAAGAGUAAAAUUUCAGCGAUCGACAUCGAUAUCUACGCCAACAAACUGCUGGAUGAUGCGCACAUCGAUGAAAUAGCCGAUCUGUUGUACAAAUUUCGACUGACGGAGGAAACGUCCAACACACUCGCCUCAACGCAUCACGCUCUGGUACGGAACUAUCUCGAUCACAAGUGCUACGGCCAGUUGAUCGACGUGCUGAACAACAGGAUUGGGUACGGCAUAUUUCUCGACGAUUACAGCGCCAAUUUGACGUUGGAUCAGUUGAUCAAGGCAAAGGAGUUUCGAUACGCGGCACGAAUUGCAACACUGCUGGCACUGCAGGAGGACUUUGCGAAUCCCAUUACGAGGGCGUUAGCCCUCUACAGUUGCUACCGGUACGCCAAAGCACCGGAUGCGGAGCAUUUUGAUGAUCUGGCCCCAGUCGAGUCGGAGAUAGGUGAAGCGGAAGCUCCGAAGAAGAAAAAGAAGGACGAAGUCAAAGUGAGAGUAAAGUUUCUGCGGAACGAGUUCUUUGACGACCAUUUCGACCUGAAGGACAGUCAGCUAUUGCUUGGGAAAGCUUUCGUCGAACUAGGCCGAAGCUACGGAGGAGUCGGAAGUGUCGUCGGAUUGAGCUGUGAGCUAUUGGGCUUAACUUUGUAUAAAAAGUACGACCAGUGUUUGAACUACGUGCAGGAAAACUCCAAUAAGGACAUUAAUGAAGAGGUCCUUGGGAUGAUUCGUGCGACAUUGGAGAAAGAGUCUAACAAGGACGAUGAAAAGUAUGCACGAUACUGCGAGGUGCUAGAUAAAGCAUCGUUUAAACUUAACAAGGAAAGUUUCGAAAAGUUGCUCAUUGACCUGGUACAAAAAAGUGUGUCAGAGAAUGAAAAGUUACAAAUCGAAACCCAAAGCAAGACUUACUCCGACUGGUGUGCCCAAAGGCAGCAGCGACUGGACGAAGAGUUAAGCCGGUUGCAGCGGGCGAAACGAUUGAAGGAAAUCGAACAAAUGACCGUUGAAAUGGAGAAGGAAGAGCAGAAGCUGUGGUUCUUCGAAAACGAAGACAAGAUUGACCUGCAGAUCGACAGCAAGCGCGUAUUUUAUCCGAAACGGUGGUUCGGCAAGAAAAAGAAGCCCCGCACCGUGGACAUUGAUUAUGUCCCACCGGAAGUGCGGCAGCGAAAUCAGUCGUAGAAGCGCACGGAAAACCCGUAUGAUCAGUUGUAGUUUAUCAAUAAAAAUGAAAAAAAUUAGGAAAUAUCUUCUCGGUUUGUUAUACGGCACCAGCUUUACGAAA